AAAGCGACCAUGCAUCAUCAUUAUUCACUAAUUAGAUACCGUUUCUAAAACAAGUGUCGAGGUGUUGAAUAACAACUAAAGCCACGUCUCUCUGCGACUCUACCUAUUGAUCGACAUAAAUAUCCACCCGACACUUCCAAUUUCAUUUUUAUUUAUCAUCUUUCUUCACUAACAAUUUUCUCCAAUUUUUGUUUUUACAUGUUUCUUCAGCUUCAAUCACACGUUAGCCUUGCUGAUAAUCAGACACGUAUGAUUCAUGGUGAAAGUGAUGCUGAGCUCACUUCUUUGCGCUCUCUACUCCAAGAAGAAGAAGAAGAGAGUGAUCAAAAACUGUGCUGAUUCACCGGAGUUUGAUCGUCCCGGCGAUGCUUCGCCGGAGCUCAACACCGUCGAUCAAGCGCAGAUUAAGGAGCCUGAAAGAGAAAAAGAAUUGCAUAUUCAAAAUAAUCUGUGCGCUUCUCAACUGAAUUCGAAGAUUGAAAUCAGUGCAUCAUCCUCUACUAUCCAGUUAUUACCACUAUCAGAAACAAAGUCGGAAAAGGUUAUAGACAAAGUUGUCAAACCAUCUGAAAGCUUCUGUGAAAUUUGUAUGGAACACAAAGAAUCCUGGCAGAUGUUCACAAACAGUACAUGCUCUCACUCUUUUUGUGACAACUGUACAAGCAAACACGUUGAAACCAAAGUUCAAGACAAAGUAAAGAUCGUCACCUGCCCUGCCGUAAAAUGCAAUACAACACUAGAUUCAGGCGCUUGUAGGUGGAUGUUUAGUGAAGACAUUCUAAUCUGCUGGGAUGAGUCUCUUUGCAAAUCCAUGAUAGAAGAAUCGCAGAAGCUCUACUGUCCUUUCAGGGAUUGUUCCAUAAUGCUUGUUAAUGAUUCAGGAUCAGAAGUCACUGAAACAAAAUGCCCCGUAUGCCAACGAACAUUUUGUGCACAGUGCCAGGUCCCUUGGCAUCCAGAAUUCACAUGCCACGAAUUUCUCAAGUUAAGUGGUAAAAAGAAACGGGGAAUAGAUCUCAUGGUGGAAAAGAUCGCUAAGAAGAACAACUGGAGGAAAUGUCCUAGCUGCAAAUUUUAUGUCGAAAAAUCACAGGGUUGUUCUCAUAUGACUUGCAGAUGUUCAUAUGAAUUCUGCUAUAGGUGUGGUUCGAAGUGGAGUUCGAAACAUGCUGCUUGUAAAUAUGCUAGAUGUUGAUAUUUAUAUUUAUGUAAAUACGCUAUUUCUAUUGUGUUCAGAA